AUGUCUAGCGUCCGAAUUCUCUCACGAGGUGUUGACCUUGCUGCCGCGAGGGUCGCAACCCUCCAUACUCCCCGCGCCUCUAUCGGCUCCACUCUGCUUCGGCGAGAGCUCUCCUCCGCGGCCAUCGUGCCGACUACCUCGCGGGCAUUGAGGUCCAAUGCGCCAUUGGCAGUUCCAGCUUCGCAGUCCGCACCGCAGGCGGUGCGCUAUGCGUCCACCACAUCCACCGAGCCUCUGAGCCAAACACAGCUGUACAACCUGCAUGUGGAGCGUGGGGCCAAGAUGGUCCCUUUCGCGGGCUUUGAUAUGCCGCUGGUCUAUGCCGACAUGAGCCAUGUCGAGAGCCACAUGUGGACGCGUGAGAAGGCCAGUCUCUUUGAUGUCAGCCAUAUGGUUCAGCACCACCUCAGCGGUCCUGGAGCCGCGGAUUUGCUCAAGAAGAUUACACCCUCCUCGGUGGAUAAGCUUGCCCCAAACACCUCUACCCUCUCUUGCUUGUUGGAAGAAGGUACCGGAGGUAUGGUCGACGACUGCGUGAUCACCCGCCGCACCGAAGAUACCUUCUACUUCGUGACCAACGCCGGCCGCCGCACAGAGGACCUGGCUUUCCUCACUGCCGAGAUUGAAGCCUACCGAUCCAAGAAUGGCACAGACAGCAUCAAGUGGGACAUUCUCUCUGACCGUGCUCUUGUCGCACUGCAAGGUCCCCUCGCUGCCUCAGUGCUCCAACCCCUCAUCAACACCGCAAACACCCCCUCCUCCGAAACAGACCUCAGCACCCUCUACUUCGGCAACUGUCGCGAACUAUACCUCACCCUCCCUGACGGCUCCGCAACCCCCCACCCCCUCCUCAUAUCCCGCACAGGAUACACCGGCGAAGACGGUUUCGAAAUCUCCAUCCCAACCUCCGGUGCCCCAAACCUGCCAAACCAAGUCACAGAACUCCUCCUGGCAGAUAGCAGCAAGAGCCGUCUUGCUGGUCUGGCUGCCCGUGACUCUCUCCGCCUCGAGGCUGGCAUGUGUCUCUAUGGCCAUGACAUCUCCACAGCCCAGACUCCCCCCGCUGCUGCCCUCGGCUGGGUUGUUGGUCGGGAUCGCCGUGAUGCAGCCACCGCUACGUUCAAUGGUGCUUCUACCAUUCUGUCCCAGAUCGCUAGCCCCAAGACUAUUCCCCAGCGCCGGGUGGGUUUGACCGUUGAGAAGGGACCCCCUGCUCGCGAGGGUGCUAUUGUCGUCGAUGUCUCGGACCCUGCUAAUAUUGUUGAGGUUGGCGUUGUGACUUCUGGUCUGCCUAGCCCAUCUCUUGGUGGAACUAACAUUGCCAUGGCGUAUGUCAAGCAAGGUCUUCACAAGAAGGGAACCGAGCUUGGUGUCAUGGUUCGCAAUAAGGUCCGAAAGGCUACCGUUGGUGGUAUGCCUUGGGUUGAGAGCAAAUUCCACCGUCCUCAGUAG